UAUAGACAGAGCACAGGCUUACUGUUUAGCUCAGUUACACUCGAAUAAAUAAGCGCUAAGGCUGAGUCCACAGGGGAAAGUGUAGCUGUAGCUGCUGCUGCUCGCCUGUGGUUAACUUUAAUCUGUUUAUUGUACAGUUUAAACGGUAGCUGAGGGUCUGCAGGUUGAUGGUAACUUUAGGAAGACUAAGAGCUCUCCAGAGACUGAGUUAAAGCCCUUUACUGAUAAAGCCGGACUGAACUCGGUAAGAAUGGCAGACGACGUGUUGUUCGAGUUUCUGCACAUGGAGAUGGUGUCUCAUGUUUACAAGGAGCAGGCGAGCCGGGAGGACAUCGAUAAGGAGCGAGUUACCUGUGUGUCCACGCUGGAAGGGAUGGGUUUCAGAGUGGGACAAGGCCUGAUUGAGAGGUUUACAAAAGACUGUCCCACCUUUAAAGACGACUUGGACAUCAUGAAGUUCCUGUGUAAAGAUUUCUGGACCGGCAUCUUCAGGAAACAAGUGGACAACCUGAGGACCAACCACCAGGGGACGUACGUUCUACAAGAUAAUAAAUUCACACUGUUAACUCAGGUGUCCAGUGGAAAGCAGCACCUGGAAGAAGCUCCUAAGUAUUUGGCGUACUCCUGUGGGUUGAUACGAGGAGCUUUAUCCAACCUAGGAUUAGAGAGUGUGGUGACUGCUGAGGUUUCAUUAAUGCCAUCAUGCAAAUUUCAAGUUGUGAUUCAGAAAACCUGAUCUCCACUGAAACGACGGUAGAAAACGAUUGAUUUUUCUUCUCCAGGUCAAAAUUUUGUGAAUGUAAAUUACAUGUCCUGAAUGUUUAUGAUACAGGCAGGGAGUUCUUGGCGUAUAUUUUUGAUAAAGUGAUGUUUGUUGUUGAUAAUCUUUGUGGAUAAUGUUACAUACAACUUUUCUUACACAUGCAUAGGCUUACAGAGGUGGAGGUAGAGUAAUAAAACAUUUAUUCAGAUUCAGAGAAUUAGUAAAGUUAAAGAAAGGUAGCACUUCUUUGAUGGUUUAUCAGAAAUAUGGUACAUUGUAAAAAAAAAUGUAGUAUGGUAAAAUGAAGGCUUUAACUUCGACACAGCUAAAGAGGUACGAUUGAUGUUUUGGAACACUUACCUCGUCUUUGUGGUCUCCACUGCGUAUUUCACUUCACCAAACAUACAGUGGUAUGAAAAAGUUUGGGCACCCCUGAUAAUUUUCAUGAUUUGUCUUUAUAAAUCAUUGUUCAGAUCAGCAAUUUCAGUUAAAAGAUGAACACAGUGAUAUUUGAGAAGUGAAAUGAAGUUUAUAGGAUUUACAGAAAGUGAGCAAUAAUUCAUUUAAACUAAAUUAGGCAGGUAUAAAUGACAUAUAUUUAGUAGAUGCUUCUUUUGCAGAAAUAACACCCUCUAAAUGCUUCCUAUAGCUUCCAAUCAGAGUCUGGUUUCUGAUUGAAGGUAUUUUGGAUCAUUCUUCUUUACAAAACAUCUCCAGUUCAGUCAGGUUUGAUUCAGGUUUAUGUUCAUGAACACCCUGCUUUAAAUCACACCACAGAUUUUCAAUAUUAUUCAGGUCUGGGGUCUGAGAUGACCUGAGAUGAUCAUUCCAGAAUGUUGUACUUGUUCCUCUGUAUGAAUGAUUUAGUAGAUUGUGAGCAGUGUGUUUAGUGUUUAGGGUCGUUUACUGGAACUGUUCCUGUGGUCUUCCAUUUCCUCACUGUGUUCCCCAGCUAAAAUCUCUGAGAUAGCUUUUUGUAUUAGUCCCCUAAAAUCAAUAAAAAAAAAACAUUUUCAGGUUAAAAAAAAUGUUUUGAGGCUCCCAUUUUUGCCACUGUUCAGAAAUAUUUCAAUUGGCUGAAUUAACCCUUUCUCAUAAUUGGAUUCAGCUGUGUAUGGAAGUUAAGGGUCAAUGAGUUUACCAAACUAAUUUUAUGUUCCAAUGAUUAGUGCUAAAGUAAUUCAAAUCAAUAAAAUGACAAGGGUCCCCAAAUUUAUGCACCUGUCUACUUUUGUACACUGUCAAGAAUUAUUGCACACUUUCUGUUAUUUCACUUCUUUAAUAUUACUGAAUUUAUCUGCUAUAUGAUAUAUUUAACUGAAAUUGCUGAUCCAAACAACCAAUGAUUUAUAAAGGAACAUCAUGAAAUUUAUCAGGGGUGCCCAAACUUUUUCAUACCACUUGAGCCAAACAUACAGUGGCUUGCAAAAAUUUGGGCACCUCUGGUUUAAGAAAAAAAAAUCUUAAUGUAAAUACCUGAAUAGUGAAUUUAAGUAUGGUAAUUGAUGAAAGACAAUUAUAAAUUGAUUAAUUAAUGAAUUAAAAAAAUAACUUAGUUAUGAUGAUGCAGGGAGGCUUUUGUUUUGAUGACUCUUCGAUUUUUGCAUGCCACUUUACAAACAUUCACCAAAUUUAUUAGAUUAUACUCAUCUACCUCUGUUCAAAAUUGUUCAAAACUGAUUAAAAAAGAACAUAGCUGCCAAAUAGUGUCAUAUAAUUGCAGAUGAAUGAAAACGAGAGUUGCAGCUGGCUAUAAAUGAAUGGACAUGUUGAUGUUCCGAGUGUCAUAUGUAUUUACUGUUUUUUUUUCUGUAGCAUUAGUUCUAAAGUAAGUCUUAAAUGUUGAAGCGGUACAACCCUGUUUACCUAAAAUGUAUUUAUACAUUGUUUAUUAGGGUUUUUAAUCUGUUGAUUUUCUCACCUGUGUAGGAACAGGAACACCCAGCAUUAACAUGCGUUUUGUUUCUGGAUCUACUUUCAAUGGAUUCUGUUUACACUUGUCCUUAAAAUGUGUCUCAAAAUCACACUUACACAUACAUCGAUCACCUCCUUGUUUCUACACCCAUUGCCCAUUUUUUCUUUAGCUCCACUAAUAAUAUACUUUGUAGUUCUGUAAUUACAGACUGUAGUUAUGUAUCUGUUUCUCUGUAUACUUUAUUAUUCUUCUCCUUUCACCCUGUUCUUCAAUAAUCAGAAUCCCACAGGAUAGGCCACCACAGAGCAACUGUUAUUAUUAUUUGCGUGGUGGAUCAUUAUUCUCAGCACUGCAGUGAUUGGCACUGAUUAGCAUGGUGGUGGUGUAUGAGGUGUUAGUGUGUGUUGUGCUGAUGGUAUGAGUGGAUCAGAUACAGCAGUACUGCUGGUGUUUUUAAACACCAGUCCUGUGGCCAACAUCCUUAGGCGUCCUGUGAGAGGAAUUCUGUGGGUAGCGUCCUUUGGGUGGCUAUCCAGUGGGCAGCUUCCUGUGGGCGGGGUCCUAUGGGCAGCUAAGCUGUCGGUGGCUAUCCUGUGGGCGGCGUCCUGUGGGCAGCUAUGCUUUGGGCGGCUAUCCUGUGGGCAGUGUCCUGUGGGCGGCGUCCAGUGGGCAGCUAUGCUGUGGGUAGCUAUCCUGUGGGUAGCUAUGCUGUGUGCGGCUAUUCUGUGGGCGGCUAUCCUGUGGGCAGUGUCCAGUAGGCAGUGUCCUGUAGGCGGCGUCCUGUGGGCAGCUAUGCUGUGGGCAGCUAUCCUGUGGGCAGCUAUGCUGUGAGCGGCUAUCCUGUGGGCAGCUAUGCUGUGUGCGGCUAUUCUGUGGUUGGCUAUGCUGUGGGCGGCUAUCCUGUAGGCGGCGUCCUGUGGGCAGUGUCCUGUGGGCAGCUAUGCUGUGAGCGGCUAUCCUGUGGGCAGCUUUGCUGUGUGCGGCUAUUCUGUGGGCAGUGUUCAGUAGGCAGUGUCCUGUGGGCGGCGUCCUGUGGGCAGCUAUGCUGUGGGCAGCUAUGCUGUGAGCGGCUAUCCUGUGGGCAGCUAUGCUGUGAGCAGCUAUCCUGUGGGCAGCUUUGCUGUGUGCGGCUAUCCUGUGGGCAGCUAUGCUGUGAGCGGCUAUCCUGUGGGCAGCUUUGCUGUGUGCGGCUAUUCUGUGGGCAGCUUUGCUGUGGGCGGCUAUUCUGUGGGCAGUGUCCAGUAGGCAGUGUCCUGUGGGCGGCGUCCUGUGGGCAGCUAUGCUGUGGGCAGCUAUGCUGUGAGCGGCUAUCCUGUGGGCAGCUUUGCUGUGUGCGGCUAUUCUGUGGUUGGCUAUGCUGUGGGCGGCUAUCCUGUAGGCGGCGUCCUGUGGGCGGCUGUCCUGUGGGCAGUGUCCUGUGGGCAGUUAUGCUGUGAGCGGCUAUCCUGUGGGCAGCUUUGCUGUGUGCGGCUAUUCUGUGGGCAGCUUUGCUGUGGGCAGUGUUCAGUAGGCAGUGUCCUGUGGGCGGCGUCCUGUGGGAAGCUAUGCUGUGGGCAGCUAUGCUGUGAGCGGCUAUCCUGUGGGCAGCUUUGCUGUGUGCGGCUAUUCUGUGGGCAGCUUUGCUGUGUGCGGCUAUUCUGUGGUUGGCUAUGCUGUGGGCGGCUAUCCUGUAGGCGGCGUCCUGUAGGCGGCGUCCUGUGGGCGGCUGUCCUGUGGGCAGUGUCCUGUGGGCAGCUAUGCUGUGUGCGGCUAUUCUGUGGGCAGCUUUGCUGUGUGCGGCUAUUCUGUGGGCAGCUAUGCUGUGGGCGGCUAUCCUGUGGGCGGCUGUUCAGUGGGCGGCUAUCCUGUGGGCAGAGUCCUGUGGGCGGCUUCCUGUGGGCAGAGUCCUGUGGGCGGCUAUCCUGUGGGCAGAGUCCUGUGGGCGGCUUCCUGUGGGCAGAGUCCUGUGGGCGGCUUCCUGUGGGCAGAGUCCUGUGGGCGGCUUCCUGUGGGCAGCAGGGUGGAGUAGCUGUAGGUAGGAGUGUGUUAUACACUAGAGGACAGUGAGUGAUUAAACACAGUGUUUAAAAACUCCAGCAGUACUGCUGUAUCUGAUCCACUCAAAUAUGAUCAGUAGAGCUGAAAAAUGGAUAAUAGUUGUAGAAACAAGGAGAUGGUUACCAACACUAAUAAUUAUUAAUGUAAUAAUGUUCUUUUGUCUUAAGAAGAUGUUUUUUAGUCUCGUCUGAUUUAAUACAAUUAUAGAAAACGCAUUCCGUUUACAUUUCUAUCAAAUGUGGACGAGAUCUUUUUAUAAACUCCUCUGAUUGUAGAUUGAGUAAUCUGGUUAUAGUCAGAUCACAGUGUGAUCACAGCUCGCACAUUGCUUUUUGCAUUCAAGUGAAAUCCAAGUUAUAUGAUCAUCUAAAGCGCAUGUUAAUUCCAGGGGUAAACAGGCCUGUAGUGUAUCUCAGUGGGAGGGCUGAUUGCUCAUUAUGUGGUACUGCAGUACAGAAUGUAUUUAGACUGUAUAAACUAAAUAUAAAAAUAGUCUAAAUUAUCCCCAAAGGAAGCACAGUGUAGAAUUCUGUGUAAUAGCAGUCAGGUAAUGUUCUCCAGAUGGUGCUUACAUUACACGCCUCAUUACACUCAGACCUUUUUUUGUGGUUGUGAAUCAAGCAAAGCUUAAUUAGUCCGUUAUUUCACAGGCGGAGUUUGUGGUAAAAGCUGAUGAAUGUAAAACUACUCUGUCUAAUUUUAAUCACUCGAUUCUGCUUUAUUUCUAAUCUCAGUCAUUAGUGUCUGAGCAGUGCAUGCAUUCCGGCACACACAAACAGAGAGCAGCAUAAACCUAACUUUUACAUCAACAACAAACAGAAUAGAAAAAUAAAAUAACACUGCUGUUCCAAAAUUAAGCUGCUGGUGCACCUUCAUAGUGUGAACGAGCAGGUCAGUUUCCUCUGCUGAGAAGCGUCGGACACAUCCAGCUAGCGGCACCAUUAAAAUAGCAAUUUUCCAAAGUUAGAAUGCACCUGACUCUUAAAGGGAAUGGCAAGUGGAUUGGUUUAUUUAACGUUACACCCAAAACACACCCAUGAAUAAUUAAGGAAAUUAGUACAUUUCGAGCCAUGCAAGGCAUACUUUUCCUGUCGUUACGAUAGCAAAGACACACUGACACGCCCUAAAUCAAGCUGCACGGUGCACAGUUGACAGCUCGCCUAUAGAUCAAUAAAAUUAGGCCCUGUGUUAUAUUUCACUUUUCAAAGAAAGAGGAAUUCCCAAACUAUAAUAUAAAACUUUAUAUUGAACCCUGAACAUAAUAUAUGUAUAACGUCUCAGCAGACACAACAACAAAACACAACACAUGUUUACGUGCACUUCAUAAUCAGAUUGCUACAGAACAUUAGAGUUAGUCAGCAAUCAGAUCAACAUGUUUACAUAAACUUGGCUCCUCAGAUUAUGGGAAAACUUUGGGAGUUUUUAGUCAGACAAUAAUCAGAUUUUACAGCCAAUAAACUCACAGAAUCAGAACCCGAGCCUCACAGCGCAACUUUACUAGCACAUUGAGCCGCAAUAUGACCAUCCAUCAGCUAGAAAAUGAAGAUUAGAGAGCGAGGUCAAAUCAAGUUUUGAGACUUUUUGCAGUUUAUUCUUGAAUUCUGGGUGCAGUUCAGAGUAUAAUGAAUAUGAUCUGUUUGGUUUGGCUUUGGCAACAAUUUGAAACACGUAGAAGUAUGUAUUUUUGAGCCAUAUUUAUUUAGUCUUAGACCAUUUCAGAGCUAUGCAAUUUCUUAAAAUGAAAUUGAAUUUUUGUAUUGCUGAAAAAAGAAAAAUAAAUGUUAUUGGUUUGGAUUUAUUGAACAUUUAUUAUUUUUUUAGGGUUGAAUUACAUAUUUGAGUUACAUAUGAA